ACUUGACCUCAUGAAUAUAAUUAUUAUGCACUGUCACUGUAGGGUCAAGAUGAAAGUGUCUAGCUUGUGUGCGUGUAUUCUCUUAGUACUAUUUGUGUGUGCUGAGGUAACAUCCACCUGGAAGCCCCCCACAGCUGCUCCAACAGUUGCAGCUUUUGGAGGAAAUCUGGAGCUCACGGAUGAGAUACCUUACAGCAGCAAGAAAGAGCGUGACAUGUUCUUCUGCCCUGAAAGAUGUGCGUGCUCUGUGCAAGAGAAGAUAAUAGACUGCUCCUCUAUGGGGUUAGAUCGUGUCCCUAAGGUUCCCAAGCACACAUCUAGAUUGUAUCUGCACAGCAACAGAAUAGAAGCUCUUGAGCCCACUGCAUUCAGCAAGCUUCAUAACCUGACCUAUCUGAUUCUGAGUGGCAAUGACAUCAGUGCUGUGCCUGUGGACUCUUUCAAGGAAUUGACCUCCCUCAAAUACUUGAUCCUCGACAGCAACAACAUCAGCUCACUAUCUGAGGGGAUUUUCUCCAAUCUACGGCAACUGGAAACAAUAAGUUUAGCAAAAAAUGCACUUAAGUUCUUGUCGGGUGGGCUGUUCUCAAGUAACGGCCAAGUCACCUUGCUGAAUUUACAAGGGAACCAGUUACAGAGAAUUGAGGGCGGUGCUUUUGAUGGCCUCUCUCAGCUCUCCACUCUUAACCUUGACGACAACCUCCUUGACAAGGCUGUGUUUGAAGAGCUCAAUGGCCACCCUCAUCUCUCCACCCUUCGACUGAACAACAACCGUAUCAAGUCUCUACCUCCUCCUGGACUGUUACUAUCCGCCCUCAAGCACUUGUGGCUGUCGUCCAAUCAGAUUAUUGGUCUGCCGGCACCGCUGAUGACCACUUGCUCACUGGAGACAAUGAUGCUCAACCACAAUCAGAUUAGAGAGUUGAAGCUGGGCACCUUCGGGGGAUGUAGGAACCUCACCAAGCUAGACUUGCGAGAGAAUGCCAUAGCUUCUCUACCAUCCAACAUCUUCUCAGGACUGACUAGCCUCAAGAACUUAUACCUCCAUAAGAACAAUAUUUCCAAUGUGCCUCGAGGACUGUUUAAGCAACUGCCUGCGAUACAAGCCAUACAUCUUGAGUGGAACCAGCUCACUGGACUGUCUCCUGGGAGCUUUGUGGACCUCCCCUCUCUAGACACACUCUACCUCCACCACAAUGAGCUGUCAGAGCUAGAGCCAGGGACUUUUGUGAACCUUAUAAAGUUACGAAAUCUUGAUCUUCAUAGCAAUCGCCUCACCUCUCUUAAGCUGAGCGUACUGAGUGUACUACACUCUCUGCAGAAAGUGCAGCUGGAUCUGCUCGAGUGCUCAUGUGAGCUCCUUCAUUUGGCGACGUGGAGUAAGAGACACCACAUUCGAGGGAUCACUUGUCGGGGAGAAGAAGGAAGGGUCACCUCCGUACACACACUGGGACAACUCUGCUCACUCAAACAGAAUAACAACCCAGCACCCAAAGAGCCGAACAAGGUCACCUCUCCCAGCGACAGUGCUACGCCCACCACCCAGGAUGCUAUGCCCCUUCACGAGGCUCGGGUGAGAGGACCUCAGAAGCUCCAGGAGAGAGAGACAACAAUUAGAAGACUGAACGACCCGCCCAUUAUGACAGUACCUAGAGGACCCAUUGUCCACAAGCCCUCGGCAGAAAGGGUAAUGCUCAAACUGGACGAGAUACAGCACUCAAUCAUACAGCUGCAGUUCAGACUGGCUCAUGUUGAGACUCUAUUAGACAAAAGUGUGGGUGCACGCAGGAGACGAGUGUGCAUUCACGAGGGGACUCGACUGGAGGUAGGUGACCAGUGGAUGAGUGGGAGGAGCUUCUGUUCCUGCUCAGAGGCUGGGAGUGUAGAGUGCUCACUGGGCUGAGUACAGGACACAGUGUGUGUGAAUCACGAACAAGUUUAGACUUUGUCUCAUUUUUAAUCACUUGUUUCAGCUUUAAUAUUAUUUUUAGGAGUACGUAAUGAUAUGUCUACUCCUGGUGUUUUGUAUGGGCACUUUCUGUUUUGAUCAGUAACAUUUGAUAUGGCCAG